GGGAAAGCACAGGAACUGUGGGAUACUUAGGUACAUUCUGUUUGCUUGGCUUUCUAGGGCACGUACCGUAACCGUUGCAUUCCCACCUCCAUCACCAUUUCCCGUUUCAUAUAAUCUCUUCCUUUUUAAAAGUUGCCUUCCUUUUCAAGCACGUAGCCGGUUGGUGUGUGAACGCAGAGAGCCACAAUUGUCGUGCUUGUAAAAUGUCAUCCACAUGAUUCAAUCAGUAUUCUUGUUUCUUGGGAGGAAGGGGAAGCAAUGGAGUUUGGCAGGAUCCAGAUUGUUGUUACCUUGUGCUCGCUGCUCCUUCUUUUUCCUGUGAUUCAUGGCUGGGGAACUGAUGGGCAUCUCACAAUUUGCAGAAUUGCUCAGUCUAGGCUGAGCACGGCGGCGGCGGAUGCGGUAAAGCAACUGCUUCCUGACUAUGCACAGAAUGACUUGGGCAGCCUGUGCAUAUGGCCAGAUCAUGUCAAGUUUAUUUACCACUGGUCAUCUGCCCUUCACUUUAUCAACACUCCUGAUGUUUGCAAUUACCAGUACAAUAGGGACUGCAAAGAUGAGACUGGAGAGAAGGGGCGUUGUGUUGCGGGGGCAAUUAACAAUUAUACCACCCAGCUUCUCACGUACAGUAGCCAUUCUUCUCAACCUAAAUAUAACCUCACGCAGGCGCUUCUAUUUCUUUCCCAUUUCAUAGGAGACAUCCAUCAGCCUCUGCAUGUAGGUUUUGGUCCGGACAAGGGAGGCAACACAAUUGAUGUUCACUGGUACACAACGAAGCAAAAUCUUCAUCAUAUAUGGGAUUCCAACAUAAUUGAGACAGCGGAAGAGAGAUUCUACAAUUCCAACGUCGAAGAACUGAUUGACGCGAUUAAACAGAACAUUACGACUGAAUGGUCAGAUCAAGUUAAGGGUUGGGAGACCUGCAGCCUAAACAAGACAGCGUGCCCCGACGUAUACGCAUCUGAAGGCAUCAAAGCAGCUUGUGAUUGGGCAUACAAGGGUGCAAAUGAAGGUUCAGUGCUAGAAGAUGAAUACUUCCUCUCCCGGCUACCAAUAGUCCAUAGGCGGUUAGCUCAAGGUGGCGUCCGUCUAGCAGCCACCCUCAACCGCAUCUUCGGGUGACAGAACACUUGUUCUGCUUGAAGUCAAUAAGAUUUCCAGAAGCUUAUAUGCCUCUAAAUUUAAAGAUAUUGUACUUUAGUCAUGCUGUUAUGUAUUGUUCUAGAAAUCUCUUUGUUUCAAGCACUUGAACAAUUAUAAACCCUGUAUAAUAUAUCUCACCGCUUAAUUAAUUUCAACAAUACUGUUCUUUUA